UUGGUUGGCUUAGAUUUCUUGGUUCCAUCCGCUAAUUCAGCAUCAAAUUUACUAACAAGAUUCACUUUUGUCUGGGACAUGUUUUCAAGAACAUGCUCUGUCACUCCUCCACACUAGUGUGAAUUGUCUGUUUUGCCAUUCAAUGCCAUAACAGACAAUGGGGAUUUACCGGUCUUGUCUUCUAUGGCUUCUGCACACUCUUUCCAGCAGAGGAGCAAAUGGAAGGGAUCAAAACCUUCAAAUUGAAUUUGCCCAGAGAAUCACAAGAAGUUUGUCUCAUCACCGCCACUUUCUGUACCAUGCAAACCACAUGAUCCCCAACUGCAAAAGGGGCAACUAUUGGUUCUUCCACUCAUCUCACUCUCACAAUCAUCUGAUGAUAAGAGAUGAUGGAUGCCUCUUCUUUGAGGCUGCAUUUAUUGCCUAUACAUCCCGAGUACACUAUAAAUAGCUGAGCAUUUGGUUGCCGGGUACAACAAUAAAUAGGCCAGGAAUACAUAAAGAAGGGCAAGCACAAGCAGUUCAAUCAGGAGACGAAAUGGCGGUUGUUUUCCGGUUGUCUGUCCUGCUGCAGCUGCUGCUGUGCUUCACUGCUAGAGGUUGCUCGCAGCCGCAGCAGCCUCAGGUUCCUUGUUUCUUCAUAUUCGGGGAUUCCUUGGUGGACAACGGGAACAACAAUAGGAUGCUGACUCUCGCCCGGGCGAACUACAGGCCUUAUGGGAUCGACUUCCCAUUGGGAGCAACCGGCCGGUUCACCAAUGGUCGGACCUACGUCGAUGCUCUUGCUCAACUUCUGGGCUUUCCGAAUUAUAUCCCACCCUAUGCAAGAACGAGGGGUUCAGCAUUAUUGCGGGGGGUCAAUUUCGCAUCGGGAGCUUCUGGGAUCCGAGACGAAACUGGAAACAAUCUGGGAGGCCACACAUCGAUGAACCAGCAGGUGGAAAACUUCGGGGAUGUGGUGCUUCAAAUGAGGAGGUACUUUCGAGGAGACAAUGCAACACUACACAGCUACUUGAGCAGGUGCAUAUUCUACGCUGGACUGGGAAGCAACGACUAUCUCAACAACUACUUCAUGCCUAACUUCUACACCACAAGCUCGGAUUUCACGGCCAAAGCUUACGCUGCUGCCCUCCUGAAGGAUUACACACGCCAGCUCACUCAAAUGUACAACUACGGUGCACGAAAGGUGAUUGUUUCAGCAGUCGGCCCUAUCGGAUGCAUACCUUAUCAGCUUGCACGGUACAACGGCAACAGUAGCCGGUGCAAUGAAAAGAUAAACGAUGCAGUUGUCCUCUUCAAUACCGAGCUUAGGAAGUUGGUUAGCUCUUUUAAUAAAGGUCGGAUACUGCCUGAAGCUAAGUUUGUCUAUUUAGACUCAUACACAAGCUCCAAAGAUCUCUACCAGAACGGAGCAUCUUAUGGGUUUGAAGUGAUAGACAAGGGAUGCUGCGGAGUGGGAAGGAACAACGGGCAGAUAACUUGUCUUCCUCUUCAACAGCCUUGCGAAGAUCGCACUAAGUACCUGUUCUGGGAUGCCUUUCAUCCUACCGAGGCAGCCAAUAUAAUGUUUGCGAAGACUUCCUACAGUUCCAAAACGUACACUUAUCCCAUCAAUAUCCAACAGCUGGCCUCCUUAUAAUGUAGCGCUUGCUCGAUUGAUUCGAAUGUUUCAUUCGUUUGGUUGCCCAGCUCCAGCUCCUUGUAACUUCGAUGGCCUGCCUUCGGAUUUUUCCCUUUCUCUAGACCGGUGAAACAGUAAUUGCCACUUGCUUGUUCUGAAUAAAGUAACAUAACGGUUCAAGAAA